GUGGCGGAAAACCCGGAGAAAGGAGCACAUACAGAAGCUGCCUGCGCAAACUCACUGACACGACAGCGGCUGUGCUCUUCCACGUGGACCCUGUCAUUGACCAAAACACUCCGGUCUCCGUGGCAGCCGGGGAGCGCGCUUGUCGCCGCCGUUGCGCAGUGCAGACCCGGAGGCACGAGCAGGGCGGUGCGGGGCAGAGGUGCUCUCCAGAUGUGAACCUAUAAACGCUAACCUGCCGGAAUUGAAUCUCGUUGCUGUCCACACAACCACUAUGCAGACAGGUGUGUUCAUGGAGUCUCACCUGAGCGGGUUAGUCCUGUGUUUCCUGUCUCUGUUCCUUCUCAUAAGCGUGUCCCUGGCUGCACCAGGCCAACCUGGGUCACAAAGAGAGGCUUCAGAUGUUCAUUCCCCUUCCUCAGCGUUAGCCAAUCCCUUUGGCUCUGGAGAGGAAGACCGAAGGUUGCUGCAGAGCUUCAUACAAUCCACUCUGAAAGAUGGUGAAGGAGAUCAGAGACCAGAGAUCAGCACUUGGGAACAAGAGGUAUUCUUCCUGUUUCGUCUUUAUGACUAUGACCGCAGUGGGUUUUUGGAUGGCUUGGAGAUGAUGAAGCUACUUUUUGACUACAACUCCCAUCAUACACCUGGAGCACAAGCCAAUGAGCUGGUGGUGUCCAUGGUGGAUUUCUUACUCCAGACUCAGGAUCUAAACCAGGAUGGCCUUUUGGCCCCAUCAGAGCUGCUCUCUCCACCAUUACCUCACAAACAGGACUCCGGCAACAACAAUUCACCUCAUCAGGAGCAGGAUGUGAUGUUGGAGGAGAAGCACAGUAUUGAUCAGGAGAACACAGGAGCAGCGGAGCAUAAAGAGGAGCCUCAUGAAAAAAAUCUGCCUCAAGAGGAAAUAAAGAUAGAAGAAGAGGAACCUGUAAAGCAAGUAGAUGAACACAAUGGACAAGAAGUCCCAGCAGCAGAACAGGACCAGGACCAGGACCACGUAGUCCCUGUACAUCAGGGGCAGCCAGAGAUAUGAACACACAUCCUGCAGAAGACUGAGGACACUCUGACCUGAGAGGACUUUUUAAUCUGCAUCCCCACAAAUGGUCUUUCUCUGAAUCUGAUUUCUGAGAUUCUACCAUCCAUUUCAUUUGACCGUUAAACAUGUAGAUGGUUGAUAAAUGAAAAGAUGAAUCUAUGACCGCUACCGAUUGGUUUUAAUUAUUAAUGCAAAGACUUCUACAAUUGGAAAAGGAGGAAGUCUUGAAAUGCAAUAAUUUCCCUUUUAGUAAAACUGAAGCCAUCAUUAAUGGAGAUGAUUACUUUUGAGCAGUUUUCCUUCCCAAAGCAAACAAGAUGUUUAUCAUCUGAUUUAAAAUCAUUUGAAAAUUGUAAGAUGUGCUUAAUGUUGACUGUUUUAUUUGCUCCAAUUGUAUUUAUUUCCCUUAUUCUAUUCAAACCUGAGAAGAUGAUUUUUUAAGGAUGUUGUGUUUUUUUAUGGAGAGACAUUGUUUGCACUGUCACCGGCCUGCUUUCUGUAUCAUUGCAUCCAGUAUUGUUUUACUGGAUUGUGCAGUGAGAGUCUACCUGUGUCCUUCGUGUCCACCUCCUCAACUGUCAGUAGACAUGUACACUGUGAGUGUCCCACUUUUAGUUAAGGGUUUAAAUCCAGUUAUUGCACCAGGACUGCAUCUGGCCUGUUAUGUAGUUAAACUGGUCAUUUUUACAGUUUAGCCAUUGGAAUAAAUUACAGUCUUCCUUGAGAAUUUACUCAACCUACACAAUGAUUUAAUUCAUUUACUGAAUAAUAUCAUCUUAUUCAGAUUUUUUAAAAAUCUUUUAAUAUUAUGCUGUACUGUCCAUGUCUCAAUUCGUUUUGACACAUGUGUAUGUUCCAAUAAGCAUCAUAUUUGAAUGGGCCUGAAUGGGUUUCUCCUGCUUCAUGAGUUAUAGCCGUCAGUCUUUAUACUUCAGGCUCUAAAAUGUUGAUCUUUACAAUUAAGGACAUAGAGGCCAUGUUCAAAUAUCAUUAUAUGUAAUGUUUGACUAUUAAAAGUCAUUUUUGUUUAGCAUUUUUUUUUAAAACAAACAAACAAACAAACAUUUAUGCAUUUAUACAG